GUCCGCCGUGUCCGUCAGUAGGGUGGCUGGCCUUGCCGAGUGUGGAUGGUGGUAGAGGUGUCGGCGGUUGCGGAGACAGACGAGGGGCGGAAGGCGAGCAGGCAUGUGAUGAGGCUUGAGCGGUCAGCGGCAGGAGCGUCGUCUUCGUCUUCCAUGGUGGAUUCUGAGGCCGCAGGAGGAGGCCGUCUCUGCGCAGACCAACAGUUUCGUGGUGAGAUCGUGCUCACAUUCAUGGAGUUCCAGUUGGAUAGCGGAGAAUACUGCCAGGCUCAGCACAAAUAAACUGACAAUUGUGUGAGAGGCGUUUGGUGGAAACAAGCCACAGUUUAAUUUCUCCCAUUCCACUGUUUAGUAUCAACCAGCAUAAGGAAACCGCACCGUCAACGCUAUCUGGUGAGCCCUGUUGGAAGAAAACUCACCUUUGUUAACUUUUAUCAAUGGGCUGAAGUUGGUGCAUUAAAUCUGAUUCCAUCUGGAGGUGUCAUCACAGUGAAAACGAUAGGAAUAGGACUGGUUUAAAUAGUGGAGUCGGUUUACCAUCAGGGUCUUAGAGACCAGUGCUGGAAAAAGGGGAGACGGAGUUACCAAAAGAACAGAGUGUGGCUUAUUUUCCGGGCCCAUCAGGUUGCCAAGUUCGGUGCGUGUUCAAACAUCUAGAAAUUGUGCGAUUUUUGUGCGUGUGUGUAUAUCCAAAAUAUAUAUGAUCUAUUUUGUUAUUGGUGGUGUAAAAGAGGACUGCUGUGUGUGUUGUAUAGUGAAAUUCUGUUUCUUAAUUUAAGUGUUUUCCAGAGUCCCAGUUUGUGCACCACACAGGUGAAAUAUCUAUAUAUUCUGAUUUGCUUCAGUUUAUCCCAUUAGCAAGUGAGCUGCCACAUAAAGUGCUUCAAUUUUUUUUUUCCGCUUUCAUUCAGAAGUGUACUGGGAUAGUUGAAAUCUGUCACAACAGUAUCAGCACAUGCUUUGUGAAGACUUUGACUACUUGUUUUAGCUUUCUGCUGCCUGCCAUUUAAAAUAUUCAAAAACUUCAGUGCAUUCAGCCCUUAAUUUUUGAGUGAAAUUUUGAACAUUAGUACAGUGUACAGAGGCUAGGCUUUUAACUGACUUUUUUGUUUGCUUAUUCAUUCUUCAAAUCUCCGUUACUGUUGGUGUGAAAUGUCAGUGAGUGCCAACAUGCGUCUCAAGGAUAAUCGGCCAGCUCCCUGUGAGAUCGAAUACAAGAACAUGAAAUUCCUCAUCACCGACCGGCCAACUGAUCAGAACAUACAGAGCUAUAUACAGGAGCUGAAAAAACACAAUGUAAAAGAUGUUGUGAGGGUUUGUGAACCAAGUUACAAAAUUGAAGAGUUGCAGAAUGAAGGAAUCAAUGUAACUGACCUGGAAUUUGAUGAUGGAACUCCACCCCCAAUACAGAUUGUGGAAGAAUGGUUUGAACUACUAAAGAAGAGGUUCAAGGAAAAUCCAGAUGGUUGUGUGGCAGUACAUUGUGUUGCGGGACUUGGGCGAGCACCUGUUUUGGUUGCGCUGGCUUUAAUGGAACUUGGCAUGAAAUAUGAGGACGCCGUCGACUUCAUAAGGCAGAAACGUCGUGGAGCUAUAAAUGCCAAACAGCUGGCUUACUUAGAGAAGUACCGUCCCAAGUCUCGUCUAAAGCUGAGGAAUGGUCAUAGGAAUACAUGCUGUGUGCAAUAGGCAGAAAAUUACACCAGCAAACCAGUUAAUUGCACCAUUAUAUUCACUGUGCUGCUGGUGCUUUAGGAUGAUUAUUUUUACUGUAAAUGGGUCUCAUGAAUGAAUAAUUAAAACCAGUUUCAUACUAUGUAAAUUUUAAUGUCACAAGUUUGUAAUAACUUUUGGCAGGCAUCAAAGAUAGCAUACUUUCAUAACUUGACAGCAGUUCUUUCUGCUAGAUUCCUUUUGUGUUAGCUGGUAAGUGAUACAAAAUACCCUGAAACUGGUCCAGAAUCAUGUGCUGUUUGUUUAACCAGGUAUGUUAAUGAAGAAUUUCUGUAAAAGAUACUGCUGUAUUCACCUCACAACAGAGAUAAAUCUAUGAUGAAUUGAUGAAAAUAACUUAUAUUUGUGGAGCAAUAUUGUUUUUCCUACAAAUUUUCAGUAUUAACAUUGCUGACAUUUGAAAUAUGUAAGUGAUCAUUGGUCAUAAUUUUGAAUUGUUUAAAUAUUAUGAAAAUGGAUCCAAUACAGUUCCAUUGGUAUGACUUGUGUUCACAAUUAGCACUGCAAUGGAUGACUGUCAGAUUUACAUAAAAAAGUAGUAUAGUAGAGAACAAUUGAUUUGUAACAUUAAAACUGCAUGCCUUUUAUGUGGUAAACACUUGCAGAAACAUCAAUUUUAUACAUAUUGUUAAAAGACAAAAAAUCUUUUAGUAUUUUACAUAUUUCCAGAUUUUUAUAAGUAAGUUUCCAGCUGUUUCCUUCAGGAAUCAGUUCAGUUUGUGUAAACAUUGUCCCUUAUGUGCUUAACAUUAGGAAGUUAUUUUGAAUGUUAAAAAAGGUUUUGGCUUAAUUGUUACAAUGGUGCAGUAAAUUGUUUACUGGAGACGAAUAAACUGGUUUUCUGGAAAUAA